AUGGAGCCAGCGAGCACUCCAUGGAAUAUCGAUCCGUCAGAGCUAUUGAAGUCAAACAAUUCCGACGAUAUAUACGGCGGUGGUGACGGCGGGGCGAUUAGUCUAAGCAAUAAUAACAACCUUGGUCUUCCAUCAGAGGGCAUUGAUGAUUUGUUCGGAUGUAACUACGAUGGGGUUGACAACAUUUUGUCUCAAGGACUCAGAGAUUUGGAUAUUCCACUGAUUCCUCAAACCUUGGAAGGGAAUCAGUAUCCCUUAUUGAAGGAUGACAUUAGUCAAUUUUGUAUUAGUGACAACUAUGAGAUGCCUAAAGUUUCCCCAGUGAACAGCCAUAAGAGAGGACCAAGCGGUACAGCCAUUUUUGGCUUUGCUAAUCAUAACAAAACAUUAAGCAUUUCCAACUUAAAUAAACCAAAUUUCGAUAUCCCAGAAGGCUCUGAGCUUUCAAUGUAUUUUGAUAAAUGGGAUGAAGGUGGUUUCGUUUCCAACGGUAGUAGCAUCCGCAAAGGCAAUGGCUACGGAAAAGGCAACGGCUACGGAAAGGGCAACAUUGAUGGGAAUAGCAGUGGUGGUCUUAGCCACGUACUGAUGAAGCAACAAGAAGAGCUUAGAAUAGCCAUGGAAAAACAACGAGAGGUUAAGAAAAAACUCGAGCAGCAAAUACAGGAAAAUAAACUGCAGCAGGAACGGUUACAAAGAGUAUUCCAUGAACAGCAAGCUAUAGCGCAACAGCUCGCCAUGAACAAUGCGUCACCUGAACCCAUAAGAACGCCACUACCAACUAGUGGAAAUAAGUCAGCCCAAAAUGAGAUAAUUGUUACAUCAAAUUCCCACAGUGGGUAUCAGUUCCCACCACCUCUUUCUGUGACUUCACCAUCAGUCUCUAAUACUUCGAUGAAUGGCUCUCCUUCGAGGAGAAUCCAUAGAGCGAAACCACUGGCUAUUGGAGAGAAAUCAGAUUUUGAAUUGCAGUUUCCAGCUUAUAAACUUUCCUCUGACAGUGGUAUUCAUGAUGGAAACAGUCGUUCGAUGGCAAAACAUCAUAUACCCAAUGACCCUGAGAAUCCUUUUUUGUCGGAAAAACAAUCAGUAUCCACUAUGCAUCGAAGUAAAGAAUCAAUAACCUCAACCGUUUCUACAAUACCUCACGAAGAGAAUGAAAGUAGCGAUGGCGAGGGUCUACUUGGUUUAGGAAUUCAGCCAAUGAGUAGGAAAUAUUCGAGGGAUUUGACAGAUAAUUAUUCAUUACGUGCUCCACCACUCGAUAUACUACCUCCAAUUCCAGGUUCAACGAACAAUACGCCAGCGAAGAAACCGCAACUCCCGGAAAAACAUACUUUUCAGCACACGCCAGUGAAGACACAACCUCAAAAACAAAAUAAUGACAACGAAUACCCAACUCGAGAAAAACUAUUUCAGGAAAAUGUUACCACACCCCAGUUAAAGCCGCCGCCGAUCACAGUUAUUUCCAGUAGAAGAAACAGUGAACUUGAUUGCAACAUCCAAGAAGAUGAAAUUGUAAUGGAAGAUGAUCACGAUUGUGGCAUUGGUCAUUGCCACCAUAAUCACGGAGUUUCUGGGGAACCAGAGAGCAGGUUUAUCAUUGCCAAGACACCGUCUCCUGUACUUAAAUCGCAAGGUAAGUUCGAAGGAGAAUCGCCGCACUUCGACCUAAACGGCAGUGUAAAUGGAAGUCCAAUAAAGAUCACAAGAAAGCCUACUACUCUUCCACGGGGAUCAAUUGAUAAGUAUGUCAAAGAAUUGCCAAAUAAGUUAUUCGAAUGCACAUACCCGGGCUGUCACAAAAUUUUCAAGAGACGCUAUAAUGUUAGAUCGCAUAUUCAAACACAUCUAGAAGACAGGCCUUACGUUUGCGAUUUCGAAGGAUGUAACAAAGCCUUUGUAAGGAACCACGAUCUUGUUCGACAUAAGAAGUCGCAUGCAGAGAAAUCAUACGCUUGUCCUUGCGGCAAAAAAUUUAAUAGGGAAGAUGCUUUAAUUGUCCAUAGGAGUAGGAUGAUUUGCUCAGGAGGUAAAAAAUAUGAAAACGUAGUUAUAAAAAAAUCACCAAGGAGGCGAGGAAGACCAAAAAAGGAUGAAUUUAGAAGUGAAACAAGUAGUCCUGUGAAAGAAACUUUCGCUAGGGGUAACGAUGGCUACCUGAUGUAUAAAAUGGAGGAACAACUCCGAAAUGAAAUGGAGAAAUAUGGAUUACUGCGACCUCCCUCAAAUAGUAGCGCUAAACGUUCACCAUCAGCGCAAAACAAUGUUGAACCACCUACAUUGAAGCACAGCUGGGAGGUGAUGGAAACCGGUGGUCGUUGA